AUGUCAACGAUGAUAAGCGGAGAAAUUCUUCCUCAAAAAGAGUUUGCAUACCCUUUUCGUAUAUUGCUAAGUGGAUCAUCUGGUGCUGGAAAAACUUAUAUUGCAAAGCAAGUUCUUCUGAACAGGCAUCUGUUUCAGAAGAAAACAAAGCGGGUCCUGUAUUUUUAUCCCUGUUUCCUUGAAGAAAAACCCGUUCAGUGGGAUGAUCUUGGAAUUCCUGUUAGCUAUCGCGUCGGUAUCCCAUCACAGGAUGAUAUUGAUGAGAUGAUGCCCCAUACAACGAUUGUUCUUGAUGAUCUUUAUGAAGAAGCGAUUCAAAGUCAAGCUAUAGAUCAUCUUUUUCGAGUCACAAGCGGCAAGCGAAGCCUGAACGUUAUGAUUAUGACUCAAAAUAAUUAUGCUGCUGGAAAAUUUGGUCGUAACAUUCGUCUGAACUGUAACGCAACGUUUCUCUGCCGAAACUGUCUUGACGGAACAAUCAAUAAGAGAGUUUGCAAUACAGCUGGGCUGCAAAAAGCGUUCAAGAGAGCGUCCGAAGAUAUCAAGAACAAAUCAUAUCCUUACAUGUUUCUUGAUCAAUCGCCUCGAGGUCAUGCCUCAAGCUACCGGCUGUACACGGAUAUAUUCUCAAAAUAUCCUGUUGUCUACUCAGUCACCGGUAUGAAGGCUUGCAUCGUACCCUUCAACGAUUUCAAGCAAAACUUCAACAUUAUCGAAAGAGAAAAUACUUUCGAAGCAACAGCGAAGAAAGAUGACAAAAAAUACUCAUCGUGCAAAACAAUCGAAACAUCAAGGGUUAAAGCAAAAACAAGAUGUGACAGCUUUACAGAUGACUCGUCAGAGUCGGAUGUUGAGAGGAAAAGAACCAGAAAACGACGAAAGAGAUCUGUCCCCGAGAAGAAAUCAAAGAAAAAGACAAAGAAAUCCAAGCGAAGACGACCAUCAACUUCCUCCGAAAGUGAAACAUCCUCAGCAAGCUCAAGCUCAGAUUUUCUCGAAUGGCCUAAUUCUCUUAUCACAGACGAAGGCUUGGAAUUCUACAAUGGCAAUGUAAAGAAAAUUCUUGAUCGCUAUGGAAUGCAUCACUAUAGUAUCAAAACAAAAUUGAAAGCGAGUAUGGCAGAACGAGUCAAUCAAACCAUCAAAAAACGAGUGGAGCUGUUUAUGAAAUCAACCAAAACUAAAAAUUGGAUCGAUGUUCUUCCAGAAAUAGUCAAAGGCUACAAUUCCACUCCUCAUCGAGCCAUUGGAAUGGCACCAAGCCAAGUCUCACAUGAAAAUAGAGCACAGGUCUUCGCUCAUCUCUUCCCGGAUUUCGAUUUGAAAGUCAAACCAAGACUCAAAAUUGGGAACGUUGUCCGAACUGAAAUCAUGACAGAAGUUGAGUACUACGACCAAAAAGUUGUUAAACGGCAUUAUCCAAGAGAAGAGGACAGCUUGACCGGAAGGCUUAGCUUUAAGUUUGACGCCGAUCCGAAUCUUUUCCUUGUGAAAAAUAAAAUUGCGAUUCAUUUCACAAUCGAGCUUGACAAGAAUUAUAUUCCUUCAAAUGGCUUUGCUAGCAAACAGUUCGGAAAGACUGAAGUUGCGGUGAAUUCUCAGAUUAUCGAUAACUCAAAUUCAAAUUCUCACUACUUGUUGGCAGACUACUUGACCAAACGUGUCAAUUUCGACCCACUUUAUGUUAAUUCCGCAUUCCAGAUUGAGGGGUACUACGAUGAAUACAACUAUGAGAAUCUUGUUGAUAGUGACUCAAAGAAAAUGAUUAUAAAUGGACGACGCCCACAAUGUUACGAAACAUCUAACGGAAAUUAUAUUUAUGAACUUAUCUUCCUUCCGACUCAUGGUUUUUUCAUGGAGAACAAACCUCUUCCUCAAAACACAGAUCUUUCAAUUACACUUUAUCGUCUUAAACAUGAGUUUUCGACAAUGUUUAUCGGAGAGAAUGAAACUGAUAUGCUUCCAGCAGGAGAAGUCCUUAAAAUUACUGAUGCCUACGCUAUUGCUGAAUACGUGUCAUCGCCGAGCCUGAGAAACUACUUUGGGAGAAUCAAAUCAAAGCCAAUCACAUAUAAAUUCAAUGAUACUUUGAUAACAACAAUGAGUUUGCCAAAAGGAAGAAAAAAUGUGCAACUUCUUAAUGUGACUGGGGGAAAUACCCCUGCAUAUCUGUUCUUUGGACUGAUUCAAACAGAAGCUCUUCAUGGAUCUUCUAAAAUUGAUUCUUCGAAUUUCAGCUUUUUCAACAAUCUUGUUCAAGUGAAUGUCAUGUUGAAUGGUCAAUCUUUAAAUGGAUAUCCUCAGAAAAUCACAAAUCAAUAUCCGAUUCUUCCCUACUGGAAAUAUCUGGACACGCUUGGGCGAGUUAGUCAAGCUGAUUUGUCAUAUGUUGUAUCAAUGGAAAACUACAAAGUGAACAACAUUUUUGCUCAUGAGUUUGAAGGAGAAGAAAUCUCACAAGGCUGGCUAUCUUUCUCUUUCGAUUUUAGCACACCACUUGAAGAUGAUUACUCAAUCGUUAUUUGGUCUAUCGUCUCGACCAAGCUCACGAUUGACGAACAUAAACAAGUUGAAAAAACCCUUCUUUGUAAAACUUCUGGUCUUCUUUUGCCCGCUCAUCUCAUUAUCAAAAUGUUUGUCACGAUCAAAACUUUCACUUUUCGCUCCUACAAUGGGGGCGGCUUUUUCAGGGUCAAGGGAACUUACAUUCCUGGUUUUGAAACUGACCUUGAUUAUUCACGACCGACCAAAGAGAUCAACUUACGACUGUUUGCAAAGACUGGUGAUGAAGUCUCGAAUGUCUUCCAAGCUCUCCAAAUGCACACAGAAUCACAACGUCCUGCAGAUCUCUACACCACUUCUGAUGCCAAACAAUCCGACUGGGAAAAAGAACACAAUGUCAAGCCUUCCUACACUUUCCGAUUCAAUCGUCCAGUCGACCAGAAAAUCUAA